CCUGGCCAGGUGCGAACUGGCCGUAAAUUAUCUGCAUUUUGAAUAUUCACACUUAUUUACAUGAAUAUCAGUUAUCAAAUAUAGAGCGGCAAGUUAAGUCUUAUUUACAUAUUUUUUUACAAUGUUACAAUUUAAAUUGUUAUUAGUGUUCGUUUUGGCGCUAAAAUUCUCCAGCAGUUCUCAAGAGAAGGUCUUUUUGACGGUAUACUACGAGAGCCAAUGCCCAGACAGUAUACGAUUUAUAGAUAAACAACUAGUGCCAACAAUAAACCUUCUACACGAGUACAUAACUCUGAAACUUGUACCUUUCGGAAAAGCAAAAAGCAUAAGAAACGGCUAUGGAGGUUUUAAAUGUCAACACGGGCCGACCGAGUGUACCGGUAACAUUGUGCAGAGCUGCGCGUUGGAUAUCAUGCAGAAGCGAAACGAUUUGGAAAAGGUAUCUUAUGUGCAGUGCGAGAUGCAAACACAAGCAGGCACUCGAUGGGAUAUGAAGUGCGUUAGAAGAGCCGGCCUCUCUCCCUCAGAAGUACAACAAUGCGCCGAAUCAACUGAAGGCAUCAAUCUACAACUUGAUCACGAAUACCAAACCAAACUCAUCAGACCCACAUUUAUACCAACGAUCACCAUUGGCCAGGUUUUUAACCGAAACGUUCAAAACUCAGCUUUACACGACUUGACGGGCACAAUAUGCUCGGUGAUAAGACACGCACCCCCCUGCGCACAACACUAUAACUCAUUGGCAUUGGACUACGUUUAUUGAACAAAUACAUUCCUUUUUUUAGCAAUU